AUGUGGUGGCUCUACGUGGCAAUUGUGGUGCUAAUUGUGGUGCUAAUGUAUUGUGCGCCCAAAAUUAUCGACGAUUUUGUGAGUUUUUCGAAAAUAAACAUUUUUUACAACAUUCUUUCAGAAUCGUCGUCAAAAGCUGAAAACGCUGAUCAAGGGAAGAGCGGCGGAGCGAAAAGUGAACUUCGAUUGGGCUCAGAACGUAAAAUUGUGAAUUUUUGUUCAAAAUUUAUGAAAACGUUCAGAAUUUCUCGAAGCUCGACGAGCAAAGAGCCGCCGAAAUCGUGUCGAAACCGUUCGAGGAGCUCAAAAAUGCGCUCCGAAAGGGCGAAUUCCGGCCGGUCGAAGUGCUGCGUGCUUUUCAGCGAAAAGCGUUCGAGGCCAACGAAAAAACGAAUUGUGUGUGUCUUUUUAUUCAGGUUUGUGCAUUUUACACUAUUUGCACUUUACAAAUGCUGAAAUUUGCGGCAAUUUGAAAAAUUCUUCCAUUUCGACAGAUUUCUAGGCCAGCAGGCCCACGAAAUUGUUUGCGCUUUUAAACAAUUUGCUGUCUGAAAAUGCAACAAAAGGUUAAAAAAAGGCGUGUGGUGGCCUAGAAAUACGCAGAAAUGGAGGAGUUUUUUGUCAGGACGCGAUGGAAUACGCGGAGAAGCUGGAAUCGGACGUCUCCGCGGAUCCUUCCUACCAGAAACCGCCGUUGUUCGGAAUUCCGGUGAGCAUCAAAGAGUCGAUUCACGUGAAGCACAUGGACUCGACGCUCGGCUACGCGCAGAACCUGAACCGCCCGUCGGAGACCAACUCGACUUCUGUGGACCAGCUGAUUCGUCUCGGAGCGGUUCCCUUCGUCCACACAAACAUUCCCAUUGCUCUGUUGAGCUUCGGAUGCACCAAUCCCGUCUAUGGAUCCACGAACAAUCCGAUGGAUGCGAGCAGGUCGGUUGCAAAGUGUCCAUCCACGUAAAAUACCAUUUCAGAGUGCCCGGCGGAUCAUCAGGUGGAGAAGCGGCGCUCGUUUCGCUGGGCGGAUCUGUCCUCGGAAUAGGCACCGACGUCGGCGGCUCCAUCCGAACUCCGGCUUCUUUCUGCGGCAUCGCCGGCUUCAAAAGCUCAUCGGACCGGUCCCCGCAGCUCGGCAAGACCGCCUCGAUCCCCGGCCGCCAGCUCCUGCUCUCCGUGGAAGGUCCGUUGGCCCAAAACAUCGAUGUCUGUGUGGAGUACCUCAAGUUGAAGUGGAACGAUGCGAAGAUCUACGAGAAGGACGUCUACAUGCCGCCCGUCAAGUUCCAGCAGAAUCAAUACGAAUCGAAGGAGAGACUGAGGAUCGGAUAUUACACAUUCGACGGAUACCAACAAGCAUCGCCUGCGUAUCAGAGAGCAGUCCUCGAGACGGUCAAAGUGCUCCGGGAGGCGGGGCAUGAACUCGUCGAGUUUGAAGUGCCCCGCGCCGACCACAUGUACAGUAUCUUCUGUGCUGGCGCCACGUCCGACGGUGGUCUCUAUCUGAUCAACAGUCUCUACAAUGUAGGAACUACCGCAAUCCCCCCCAACUCUAACAAUUUCUACUUUAGGACAUUGUCCCUCCGGAGUGUAAUAUCGGAUUCCCGGUCGCCAGACUGCCGCAUUUCAUCCAAAGACUCCUCAGAAAACACUGGCCAAACCGACGCGAACGGCAGAUUAUUCAGCAACUUCCACAUGACACCGAAGGUAAACGUCGUCUAAUUGGCCUAGGAUUUGUCUUGCACAAUCUCCGAGUCUAGUACAACAUUUUUGUAGAUGAUCACUUUUUUCUACGAGCACUUGCAAGAGCUACAGUACUCCAGAAAGUGGUCCUAGAAAAAAGUAGUCAGCUACAAAAGUAUAGUAUGCUCAAAAAAAUUUGGAGUUACUCGACCACCCAUAUUGUAGAAAUGCGAGAAAUGCACGAGAAGAUCGAGGACUACCGCCACGAAUUCGUGCUGGCAAUGCGGGCGAAACGCCUGGACGCGAUGGUGUGCCCAGCCUUCGGAUGUCCGCCUCCGCACCACGGAGCUCCCAAUAAAAUGAUGUCGGCGACGAGCUACACGGCCCUCUACAACCUCGUCGAUUUCGCCGCCGGCACGGUUCCGGUGACAGUUCAGAAGUCGGAAGACGACGUCGAAUUGCGGAAGAUGCGGGCGGAAGACGCGUGGGACCGUCGGAUGAUCAGCGAAUCCAAGAACUGCCUGGACCUGCCGGUUUCUGUGCAGAUCGCCGCCCCGCCCUACCGAGAAGAGCUCUGUUUGAGACUUUUGAAGGAGGUCGAGACCACUAUCGGAUUGUACGCAACGAAAUAA